UUGGAAUAUACUGACUAACUGAUAAAGAAAGAAGAAGCAGAGAGACACGAAAUGCGAAAGUGAAACAAGAUUGUGAUUAAAGAUUGAAAAAAGAAGAGAAAGUUUUUCAUUUUCCAUUUCUCUGUUAUUACAUUCAACCAAUAAUUAUGUUUCAAUACAUCAAUACAGUGACCUGUGUUAACGGUGGCGGUGUAAGUGGGCCAAUGACUGGCCAUCCAACUACUGUUCAUCAGCCAACUGUAACCCAAAAGGAUACAACAUUGACCAAAAUAUUUGUCGGUGGUUUACCAUAUCAUACAACCGAUAAAUCGUUGAAAAAGUUUUUUGAAUCUUUCGGUGACAUUGAGGAAGCCGUGGUAAUUACAGAUCGUCAAACUGGUAAAAGCCGUGGAUAUGGAUUUGUAACCAUGGCGGACCGUGAAGCUGCAGAGCGAGCCGUCAAAGAUGCUAAUCCAAUCAUUGACGGACGAAAGGCCAAUGUUAACCUUGCGUAUCUCGGAGCCAAACCGCGAAACAAUGGACAAAAUGGUUUGCAAUUUCCACUUCGCCCUGGUUAUCCACCAAUUCUUCCAACUGGACAAUUUGGCCUCCCAAGUCAUCAUUACGUUUAUCAUCCGACGGCAGCGUCACCUUACAUUACCACUGGACCUAGUAUAUUGUUACCUCAACCUCAACCUGCAGCACCAGCGCCAAUCACAACGACACACUUUUUUGAUUAUCCGCCAGUAGGUUUUCCGGGUCAGUUUGCCAAUGGAGCUGAGCCCAGUGCAGCCAACUUUGCUGGUCUCAGUCCUCAUCAUCACCAUCAUCAUCAUCAUGCACACCAUCCAGGAACUACAGCUGCCCUUGGCACUGCAGCAUUAGUUGCAGCAGCCGCAUCAACAGCAGCCAAUCCAGUUAAUCAACAAACCCUUAUCAAUGGAACACAUUUUUCUUUCCCUUUAGGGACUUAUCCACCUUGAAAUGAUUCCAAUGAUUCUCAAGUUAUACUUCACCAUCAAGCCAUAAUCAUUCAACUUCAACUCCCAUCUCUAACCAAACAGCAAACAUCGCCAUUAUCAUAGCCAUAAACAAACAACAGCCACAAAAAGAGAGUCCAACAAGUGCACAAUAUGGAAAGGGACGAAACAAAAUCGAAUCUUUGUCACAAAAAAUACAAAGCAACAGGUGUUAUAAUUAAUUUAAUGAAUUAACUAAUUUAUGGUAGGAUUUAGAUUGUUAGUUAUCCUUUCAUUGUCUCCUAUAAUGUAAUCUCAUAUGAAGUUGACUUUUUAUUAAAGCAAGAAGAAGCAGAAGAUUCAAUGAAAAUUGUAUGAUGAACCAAGAUGACUCAGUAUGAAUAAAAAGACUGACGAAAUAAAAGUUGAAUUGAUUUGUUUUCUGUUGAUUUCUGGACAAUAACAUUAUGCCAAUUAUUCAGUCUUCAAUUGUUAACAUUCAUGACAAUACGAAAUAAUAAACUGUAAUAAACUACUGAUUAUUAAAAAUUUAA